AUGCACACAAGCAAGGUCUUCGCCAUCUUGGCCCUGGGCAUCUCAGCCUCUUCUGCUGCCCCGCUGUCUCAGCCUAACAUCGGUAUAUUGGACAAAUCCCCAGGAACUGGAGUUGGAGCUAACCAGUCUUUCUUCAAAGGGAUCAAGGCUCGAGGAGAGGAUAGUAGCCUUGCGCAAGCUUGGGCUAAGAGUGACCUUGCCCCUGGCCCCGUCAGCAAGCGCGAGGAACUAGCUCAGGCCUGGAGCAACGGUGACCUUCAGCCUGGCCCGGUCAGCAAGCGUGGCGAACUCGCCCAGGCAUGGGACAGCAGCGACCUCCAACCUGGUCCAGUCAGCAAGCGCGGAGAACUCGCACAGGCAUGGGCUAAGUCUGAUCUUGCUCCUGGUCCAGUGAGCAAGCGUGGGGAACUCGCUCAGGCUUGGAGCAAUGGUGACCUUCAACCUGGCCCUGUCAGCAAGCGUGGAGAGUUGGCGCAGGCUUGGGCAAAGAGCGAUCUUGCCCCGGGCCCAGUCAACUAA